CUAACCCUCUUUCCUUUUCCACUCGCCGCUCAAAUCCUCUUACUUCGAUCUUCACUCCUCGGUACAAAAAAACGCCUUUCCUCCCCGCUCGCAUUUCAAAGCACACUCUUCAAGUCACCGCAUGAACCCCCCACUCCCAUUCAAAAGCAAAAAACGCACCCGCUGCGACACCCCAACCUGGUCCGCCCUUGCCAACCCCGCCAUCGCCGACCUCCUCAUCGCCGAAUCCUCCACCUCACUCCCCCACACCCGUGAUGCCCCACCCGCACAUAUCGGCCUCCGACGGACCGUCUCAGCCCCGCCGGCACUUAUUGAGCCAACACGGAGGGAUACGGCGAAGACGGUGUUGCAGGCGUUGGUGGAGAUUAGGGGAUGGGUGCCGGUGAAUGUGCCGCCGUUGGUGUUGGUUAGCCAGGUGUAUGCGAGUGUGGGCGAUAAGGAUGUGGAUCGCGAUAUUGCCCAACUAUGCCGUGUCGGCACUCUCCGCAAAUUCCAAGUCGGCACCGGCGGCGAAACGUGCCUGAUGCUGAUGUGCGACUACGCCGAUAUCAUCAAAGACUUGAGUGGGCAGCAUAAACGCCGGUUUCGGGACGGUGGCGGUGGUACUACUCGCGACUGCGGCGAUGGAACGAGCGAGGAAUCACCCUCCCCGUCCAAACGACCCAACACGGGCGCCACACCACCACCACCACCCAGCACAUCCCGAACCCCCGGGGCCACACCCCCACCACCUCAACCUCAAUCCACAACGCCCUCACCAUCGGACUCGGCAAACUCCACCAUCCGCCCAACCCUCUUCGACCUCUUCCUCUCCCACCUCUCCAUGCCCUCAACCCCCCUGUUCCUCACUACCGCCUCCCUCACCACCUCCCUUUCCUGCACCCCAGCCGAACUCCGCCUCCUCUUCUCCUCGGGCCUCCUAACCCUCAAAGACGUUGACACAUACUGGGUAUCCGUGCCCAACGCCGGGCGGUACUGGGCGGACUUGUGUCGGGGACGGAAGGAGCUGUGCAGGGUUAUUGGGAGGGCUGGCGCGGGGAAAGGGCAAAAGGCGGGGGUUAGGAGGAGCGAGGUGGAGAAGAGGGAGUUGAGGGGGUGUGGGUUGCCCGUGCGGGCGGUGGUGGGGGAUUUGGUGGGGAGGGGGGUGCUGGAGAGCAUCGAGACGCCGUUGGGCACGCAUCUUCGGCUUACGGGGAAGACGAGCAAGGAUAACUUCCAAUGGUCUUGAACGAAUGCGUUCUCGCCCCGGAGUAACCCUCACCCCGCUCCGAGACUCCAGCCUCCUACCUGCCCCAGAUGCGCGAACGGAGGCGGGAUGCAGGGGAGGGCGCUUUGUCAGGGACGUGAUCAGACAUCACACAGCAAACGACACGCACCUCCCCGUCUUCAGUGCACAUCACGCAUACCUCAACUAUGAAGGAGUGGGUAUCGCUGGUCAACUGGGAAACACGGAUAUGGGAUAUGGAUAUGGACGUUGCCCUGCCCCCGCCUAGUGCACAUACAACUAGGACCUUCUUACGAGCGAGACCACGCCGCUCCCCCCGGCCACGCGGCCUACGCUCAUAGAACGGGAUAAGUCAAUGCGAAGCAUAUAGAGUGCCGUUUGAAGAAUGUACAGUAUGUAAGGCCGCCAUGUAGAAGGUUACGCCGUUAGAUGGCCGCGGAU